AUGGAUGAAGCUACUGCAAGUAUAGAUUUCAAAACUGAUGAUUUAAUACAGUCUACAAUUAGAGAAGAGUUCAAGGAUAGCACUGUCAUCACUAUUGCACAUAGGUUGCAAACCGGCAUAGACUAUGAUAGAAUACUAGUCAUGGGUGCUGGAAAUAUAGUUAAAUUCGAUAUUCCAUACUUACUGAUGCAAAAACCUGAUGGGCUGUUUAGAGGAAUAUGUGAAAAAAGUGGUGAGUUUGCGGAAUUAAUUGAAAUUGCGAAGCAGAAAUGUGAGA